UUUUUUGGUGGGUGUCUACAGGAGCAGGUGGAGGUGGAAAGAGAGGGGGCAUCAUUGAUGACUGCCUUCAUACUUACCAAGAAAUUUUUUUCUUUAAUUUCUUUUGCACAUUCACUGUGGUAUGAUGCUUUGAAAAAUAUUUUGAAUGAUCAAAAUAUGGUCAAAAGAUUAAGAGAUUCCCAGUAUGAUCUGGUUCUAACUGAUCCAGCUUUAGCCCCAGGGGUCAUUCUAGCCAAAUAUCUCAAGCUUCCCUUAGUGCUCAACGUACGCUGGAUCACCAGUGGAGAAGGCCACUUUGUGUUAGCUCCCUCACCACUCUCCUAUAUCCCGGUGCCAGGAUCCGGCUUAACAGACAAAAUGAAUUUCAUCCAGAGGAUCAAGAACAUUCUUUUCUAUAGCAUUAUACUGUUCCAGCAGAAAUUUGUGGUGGAUCCAGUCUAUGAUGACAUGUGUGAUAAGUAUAUUGAGGGUGGAUGUGACGUCAUCUCACUACUACAGGGAGCAGACAUUUGGUUGUUCAGGUCAGAUUUUGUGUUUGAGUUCCCUCGCCCCACUAUGCCAAAUGUUGUCUAUAUAGGAGGAUUUCAGUGCAAACCAGCUCAGCCUCUGCCAGCAGAGCUGGAGGAGUUUGUUCAGAGUGCCGGGCAACAUGGAGUGAUCAUCAUGAGUCUGGGAACUUAUAUCAAUGCUUUGCCCAAAGAGGUUACAGAGGAAGUUGCCGGUGUCUUUGCCAAGAUGCCCCAGAAGGUAACAAAAAGUUAAAGAUUCAUACUCCCACUACUGCGUUUUGGAUUGUUAACAUAUAG